CCGACUUCAUGGUAGACGUGAUCAACAAGAUAAUUGUUUACGAAUGGUGGUAGGCACAACAGAAACAAAAUUUCGCACACUCGUCAUCCACCCUUCUAUACAGCUGAUUUUCUUCCUUUGUUAUAUUUGGACUUUAUUUCGUUGAAGACAGCUGACUUUAGUUUAGAUUUUCAUUUGUGUUCAUUUGUUUAAAUUAAUUUUUCUAUUUAGUUAACUUUUUUUCGUUUUAAAUUAUGUUUCAUCUCACUAGUUUACCUUAACUUAACAAUAUGUCGAGUUUUGGUAAGGAAAAACGGAAUUUUAUGACCGAGGAUAAUGAAGACUUGGACCGCAUAGAAGUGAUUACAACGUCGACUGCGUCAUCGCGUACCGAACUAUUUACGCAACAAGACGUUAGCCAAAAUUUGCUUGCCAUUGGUAAUGAGCAAUCAUACAGGAUUUACGUAACUGCAGCAAGUGAUGACAAUAAAAGUAAGAAAAGCGACUGUGGCGGCAGUCGUGAUGGUACAGACGAGCAAUGUGUUGAUGAGUCCAUAGAAUUGAUUACAAAUUUAGGAGCGCUUUCGGAUAAGCGUACUACUUCACCUCUGUCAGCGAUGGCGUGUAGUUUUAAUCGCGGAGCGACGCCUACGAAUAUGGUACGCCGAUGGUCCCAGACCUUAGCUCGUUUCGAUCGAGAUAAGAAUAGUAUACGUGAAAAGACUAUUUAUCGUAUGCCAUCACGUAAAUAUUUUGAGGUAGAUGGGAAUCUGCAUGCCACUAAUGGUUUAGAGGCUGAAAAUGAGGUUGAACUGUUGGCGCAGGAAAUUGAGCAACAUGAUGGACUCAUGCAAGACACAGCACUGAGUCAUCAACAUAGACUUGAAACACUACGUGCAUUGCCACAACCGCUGAGCACAAAGCGUUCGCUCAAGCGCAAAUUGGCCAUCAGCAUUGAGCAACACGCAAGCGAGCAACAUAAAUGUAGCUGGUGUCACAACAUGACAAAUGCUUUCAUAAGUUUCCUGCUAAGGACUUGGAGAGUUAUUGGGGUCAUAAGUCAUAGAGUAGAAAUUUGGUAUGAUGAUCUUAAGACAAUCGAAGGACAGUUCGGCUGUAAUGUGAGCUCAUAUUUUAAAUUCCUACGUUGGUUGUUAAUGCUCAACAUCGUAAUGUUGCUUUGUGUCCUUAUGUUUAUCAUAUUUCCGCAAUUACUAUACAAUACAAUUGCAACUGAAGUAAAUCUUAAUCAAACAUCAUUAGUUGUAGGAUACUCUGCCAAUAGGAGAGACAGCGCCAGUACACUCUUCUUAAAUUUACUAACUGGAGAGGGAUAUCUACAAAACUCUCUACUAUUCUAUAGUGGCUAUAGCGAUGCAACCUUUCGUCUACAUCCUUCUCUCAGUCAAUAUAGCCUACCACAUGCUUAUUUUAUGACAAUGCUGGUGCUUUAUUUGUUUAUCUUUAUAAUAAUUUCUACAAAAAUGGCACGUGUAUAUCGCUUAAGCUUUAUACAAGCUGCUGGCAAUGGUCGUGGCAUACUAGCAGCCAAAACAAUUUGCGCUUGGGAUUAUGGCAUAUCCAAUCGAAAGGCAGCUGAUUUAAAGCAUAUUGCAAUAUUUUCCGAACUCAAAGCGAUACUGAAUGAGAAGACUGUGCCUAAAAGGACACUAACAAUUUGGUGGCGUAUUUGGAUAUUCUUUUCACGUGCUAUUGCCCAUAUGCUGGUUGCGGCAAUUAUUGGUGGCGCGGGUGUUGGUGUGUGGAUAUUGUUGAAGGAACUUGAUUCAAAUGAUGAUGUGUCUGGUGUGAGAACCCUUUCAACUGCUGGCAUACUUAAUCUCACAAUGUUAUUAAUGCAAUCCGUUUUGUCAUGGAUUUCGAGGAUGGAAGAUUACCGCUCGCCUCGUCGGACAUUGCAUAUAGCGUUGUUGCGUAAUUUCUUCCUAGAAGCAGUUAUAGUUAGCGUACUGGUAUAUUUUUUGCUAACAAAGCCAUAUAGCCAGUGCUGGGAGACACACAUUGGUCAGGAAUUGUAUCGAUUUAUUGUUAUGGAUACUUUCAUCUGCUUACUUAUCAUACCUUUUUUUUGUGUCACACGCGCGCUACUUGCAAGUCUUUAUUGGCCUUGGCUGGGCGGUCCAGAUUUCGACAUAUCACAAAAAAGCUUGGGUCUCGUCUACAAUCAAACCCUACUGUGGUUGGGUCUACUUUUCGCACCACUACUUGUCGCUAUCAUUGUUUGUAAAAUGUUCCUAAAAUUCUAUAUUAAUAAUUUGCUUCUAAUGUAUCUCUGUAAACCUUCCUGUCACAUCUGGCGUUCGGCGCAGACGCACACGCUUUAUCUAGUCUUCACUUUUGUUUCGCUGCUGGGUGUAAUCUUGACGCUGGGCUUUAUAAUGACGCAACUGCCAAUGAGUUCACAGUGUGGUCCAUUUCGUGAUUCUGGCUAUAUGUUUCAAAUAUUCAUAGACGGUGUGCUGCAGUUGCGUGAAAAUCAGACACUUUGGCGCCUGCUCACUCUACUAGUGCGACCAGCAGCUGUCGGCUUAAUGUUGGUCAUUAUGUCCACACUCGUCUAUUAUCUACGUGCCAAAUCUCGUGCACGUCGUCUUAUGGUCAAGUUGCUUAAAGAAAUGAUUUAUCUAGAGGCAAAAGAUAAAGAGUUUUUAUUAAAUCGUAUAAUGAAUAUAACAAAAAAUCGUGAUUCUUCGCUUGUCGAUGCGCGUUCGAUUGGACGAAGGCGUCUGCAUACUACACUACAAAGGCCACCAGUUGAAGUUUCGAUAGAGAAUGAAAUUAGUGGUACUAACAGCUCUCAACCAACAGCGCGUAGUGAUGGUUUCAUCUUACGCAGCCGGAAUACUUAACCGGUAUGAUAUUAUUGUGCUUUUUAAACUUAAGUCCUAUUCUUCAUACAUAUACAUACAUAUAUAUUUGUAGCCAGUUAUUAUUUAUUUCUCUCGAACAAAUUUUGAAAC